GAGUCACUUUCUGUUAAUUGUUGUGGAAUAAUUAACAUAGUGAUUCACUUAAGAUUGGUAUAAUAUAAUAUUAAGGUACUUCUAAGGAAAGAGGUCGAUGGGGACUCAUAAUUUAAUUCUGUUAUUCAUCCAUGUCGUUCUUUUUAUGGCGCCGGGUAUUUUAGCAGCUGGUCGGAGAGAUGUAGAUGAAAAUACAAACCAACAUGGCGAUCCUCAUCAUCCCGAGCUGUUUGCAGCAGAGUUUGGUGCUGCUCCAAAAAGGAGGAACCUAAAAGCCUGCGUUGCAGUAAACCAAAUAGACAAGUGCUGGAGGUGCAAAGCCGAUUGGGCAGACAAUCGUCAAGCAUUAGCCGAUUGCGCUCUUGGUUUUGGAAAGGGAACCACCGGUGGCAAAGGUGGCGAAAUCUAUGAGGUGACUGAUCCUUCAGAUGACGAUUUUACGGAGCCAAAGGAAGGAACCCUCCGUUGGGGUGUUACCCGAGACAAACCUUUAUGGAUCACCUUUGCAAAAGAUAUGGUUAUCAAUCUAAAACAAGAGCUCGUAAUAAAUAAUGAUAAGACAAUUGAUGGUAGGGGUGCAGCCGUCGAGAUCUGUAAUGGUGGAGGUCUCAGUGUAUACAAUGUGAAGAAUGUCAUUAUUCAUGGGAUCCACAUCCACGAUAUUCAAGAAACCCCCCGGUGGUAA